AUGUUUUCCUCUUUCUUUUGAGGUUCAAUCAUGGUAAAAAUCUUUAUUUUUCAAUUUUUAUUGCAUUGAAAAAUAUUUUUGAAGAAUGGGAUAUCAGCUGCUAUGGAAGAUUCCAGCAAAACAGGCUGUUAUUGUUUUUCCCAAAAAGAGGACAAUAGUGGUUAUUUGCGAGAGGGAUGUGUGAGAAAUUGUCUCGGAAGGGGAGGGAAAUUCAGGGAGUUCACGUCCCUCUCGCUUCAGUUCAGAGUCGGACGCCACACGUUGGAGAGCAAGCAUCUGUGACUACCACCAUGACCACGAGUGAAUCCACUUCCAUCUUUUUUCCAUCUCGCCCGCUAUCUCGGACACUGACAGUCACGGACGAUAAGGUUUUACGGAGAAGUGUAGAGUACGACGGGGAAAUCAACAUCUAUUUCGGAAGCCGCACUCAACCCCACAAAGGUGUUUUCAUGCUUCAAGGGACAUGGGAGGAAAUUGAAGAAAUUAUCAAGUCUCUUGGUUCUGUGAGACUGACUGAUCCGUGCAGAUUGGAGGGGACAGACAUUUACUUGCAAGAGAAGGACUACCAGAAUCAAAUGGUGUUGGACAUUAGAAAACGGAGGCAUGGAAAAGACGCCAAUUAUCAUAUCCUCCAUCACACUCAUCAGGGUGUGACGCUCCAGAUGUCGACAAUUCGAAGGAAUCUCAUAUGA